GCGUUUUACAGUGUAGCAAGAAUUGCAUUCUGGGUAAAUAUUCCCAUGAUUCCACGGUUUGUAGGAAAGAAAGAAGUCCAUGGUGACUUUACACUCAUCCUGCUUCUGGCUGGCUCUCGUAGAGGUGAUAUGGCCUCCACUGCUCUCGGGCGGUCUGCCCCUGUCCUGCCGAACAUGGAGACUGGGAUCAGGAGUUCCACAGCCUUGUUAGGGUUGUCUGCUGGUUUGGGUGGCGCAGAGAUGGAGCUGCAGAAGAUGCUUAUUGAUGAGAGGAUAAAGUGUGAAAACCACAGAACCAACUACCAGACGCUAAAGGCUGAACAUGCCAGCCUGCAGGAUGAGUUCAUGAGGGCACAGAACGAACUUAAGCGUCUACUGAGCGACAGACAGGCUCAACAGGAAAAACUGCAGCUGCUGCUGGCUGAGCUGCGAGGAGAGCUACUGGACAAAACCAGGGAGCUGGAGGAGCUUCGGCUGCAGGUGAUGACCCCUCAGCGGGUGGAGUUGCUCAGAGCUCAGGUGCAGCAGGAGAUGGAAGCCCCUGUCAGAGAAAGGUUCAACAAACUAGAAGAGGAGGCAGAGAAAUACAGAUCUGAGUACAAUAAGCUGCGGUAUGAGUACACCUUCAUCAAGUCCCAGUUUGACCAUCAGAGAGAAGAACAUACUCGCGUCCUGGAGGAGAGGAGGAUUCGCUAUGAGGCAGAGAUCUCUCGUCUGCAGAAGGACAGGGAGGAGAUGGUGGCCCAGUACCAGGGUUCAGACCCACUGCGUGAUGGGAAACGGGUGGAAGCUCUGCUGAGGGAAAAAGCCCAGCUCCACCUUCGACUGAAGGGCCUGGAGGCAGAGGUGGCUGAGCUCCGAGCCCAGAAAGAAAACUCGGGUCAGCAGGCUGAAAAUGUCCAGCGUAUCCAGAUCAGACAGUUGACAGAAAGUCAGGCCAUAGUGAAAUCACUGGAGGCAGAGCGUCAGUCAUUGCGCUUGCAGCUGGAGCGGAUGGAGAGUGAACUACAUUCCAGCCAAGAGCAAAACAGCCAGCUGACUGGACGUUUGCACAAAGCUGAGAGAGAGGUCAACUCCCUAACCUGUCAGAUUGAAAGCCUGAAACAUUCACACAAACUGGAGGUGGCCAGCAUCAAACUGGAGUGUACCCGCUCUAAAGGGGAGGUGGAGAGGGAGAGAGACACACUGCAGGGGCAGAUUGAUGGUCUGCAGGGAGAUGUGGAGGUGCUCAGAGCUGCAGUGGAGCGACACAAAGAAGUCCUGGUGGAGAAGGAGAGGGAGCUGGUCAGGAAGGUGCAGUCAGCCCGUGAGGAGGAGUUCCGCAAAACAGCGUCCUUGCACGAGGAAAAGUUGGAAUUAGAGAAUCGUCUUGCAUCUCUAGAACAGCAGAGGGUGAUGCAGGAUGCUGUAGACCACGCCUACAAAGAGGAGUGGGAGGGGCGGCUCCACAGUGCCCAGCAAGGAGAGGAGUCAGUGCGUAGGGAGCUGCACAGUCUGAGAACCAAGCUUCAGCAGCAGAGCUCCCAGCUUGAGGAGCUGGAGAGGCAAAAAGCAGAGAUUGCUGAGCUACAGCAGCACAGCCAGGAUCUGCAGGUCCAGCUGGGGACGCUCUCGCACUCUGAGAGUGACCUGAUGGAGACAAACCAGCACCUGAGAGAAACGUUAGACAAAGUCAGGGAGGAGCUGAGGACAACUCGUGCCCAGGCUGAGAAGAGUCAACACGAGGCAGAAAGGAUGGUGGAGGAGCGUCAACUUAUAUGGUUGGAGCAGAAGCACAAGCUGCAGGAGCAGGAAGCCCAGCUGCUGCAGAAAUACACUCAGGCAAAAGAGAAACUACAGAGGGCAGCAGUGGCACAGAAGAAGAGAAAAACGCUUACAGAGAACAAAGAGAAGAGACUGCAGGAGAAGAUCCAGUUGCUGGAGGCCAAGAUAGAUGAGCUGGAACUGGAAGCAGCAGCAGCCAAGAAACGUUUAUCCUUCUCAGAAGAGCAAGCCCAACUCAACAGACGGUUGAAGGAGCUGCAGCGCCGGCAUAAUGAGUUCCGCCGCCUCCUGUUUGGUGGCCAAGGUGCCUUCACUGUUGGUCCCGCCCUCCUAGCCUCAACACCCACCCCUUUCCUGCAGCUUGGAUCUGAGGGAUUUUUAUCUAACAUUCCAGAGGAGCAGCAUCAGAGGGAGGUGUCUCUGCUGCGUCGGAGGCUGGAGGACCUGGAGAGUGCCCAGCAACAGCAGCUGGAGGAACUGGGAUCUCUGGUGCAGAAAGACAGGGACACAGUUUCCCAUCCCGACCUCUGACCCCUACACCUCAUUUUGCUGGACAUUAAAUGUAACUACAGGGAAGAGUGAAAGACGUCCUGUUUUUAAAAGAAUAUCAGGUUUUUAAAAACAGUUUUCUGACAUCUUUACACACGUACAAAUGUGUUUUGUUAGAGCUUGUGUCUCUAAUGUACAUGCAGCACCUUUUGAAAAAUUUACCAUGAUGUCUUCAGGGUUCGAGUUGUUUUAACACUUUAUUUACAUUUUGCAUCAGCUAAUUUGUCCAGAGGAGCUAAGGACUCAGGAAAUUGUAGGCUGGAAAUUGUACAAAGUACUGUCUAAUAGGUUUUACUUGAAAUCUGUUGCAACCAUUGACAGUUUAUAUUUGUCUUGUUUUUGGUUUUGAUAUUGUGUCAUGUUGGUUGUGGUUUUGUUUUUUACUGUACAGAAUCCAUCAGUAGUUAUCUGCUAGCUGACUCACUCAUGUCAGUUCUGUCAUUCAUAAGCAAAAGAAGAAAACAGUACAAAAUAAACAUUUAAAUUUAAUGUGA